GGAAUUAAAUAUGGUUGUUUCCAGCAAAUUUUUUCUGAGUUAGGACGCUAUUAUUGGAGAGAUGAUUUCGUAUGAGCAAGAUCCUGAUGUUGUGCGAUGGGGCCUGCAGCUUUUUGAUGCGGGCCCAUAUUCUACCUGUGGUUAUUGUGGUGCUGUUACUCUGGAAAAUGUUAGUUGCUAUCAUGGGCAUUAUUAUAAUGAAGACAACUAUGAAACUGAAUUUAGCAACAUAGAAAAUGAUGAGCUAAUGGCACAUGCUCUUCAACAACAACUGUCACAACUCGCAGUUGCAGAAGCUCCCACACCUUCAGAUCAGUGGGAGGAAAAUCUACAGCUAUCUGCUUACCCCCAAGACUGGCGCAACCAUCCAAUGGGUGACUAUGACCCCGGACAGGAGAGUGAUCAAGAAGAGGAUGAUGAUGAGGGGCCUUCUAGUUCAUGUUCUAGCUCAGAAAAGAAUUCAUAUUAUGGUGAUGAAUGGCUAUAUUCAUUGGAGGAGAUGCAUGAAUGUGCUGAUGGAGACGUGGGGAAACGAUUGAAUCAGAUGAUACCAAUUCCACAUGUUCCUAGAACCAACGGAGAAAUACCUUCAGUUGAUGAAGCAACAUUAGAUCAUCAAAGGCUACUGGACAGAUUGCAGAUGUACGAGUUGGUUGAGUCUAAAGUUGAAGGAGAUGGAAACUGUCAGUUUCGUGCACUAUCAGAUCAAAUUUACCGAACUUCUGAGCACCAUAAAUUUGUGCGAGAACAAAUUGUGAAUCAGUUGAAGUUAUAUCCAGCGAUAUAUGAGGGAUAUGUUCCCAUGGCUUAUGGAGACUAUUUAGAGAAGAUGUCCAAGAAUGGUGAAUGGGGAGAUCAUGUUACUUUGCAGGCUGCGGCAGAUACUUAUGGAGUAAAAAUUUUUGUCAUAACAUCAUUCAAGGACACUUGCUGCAUUGAAAUUCUUCCUAAUUUUGAAAGAUCCAAACGAGUAAUUUGUUUGAGCUUCUGGGCUGAGGUACACUACAAUUCAAUAUACCCUGAAGGAGGUUGGUAA